AUGAGUCCCUGGCAGCAGUGCCAGGGCGGUCCCAACCGCACCGAGCCCAGCGCCAUGGGGCAGCGAGGCAACGGGACGGGGCGGGCGGCGGCGGCGGCGGCCGAGAGCUGCAGCGCCGUGUCGGUGGCGUUCCCGCUGACCAUGAUGAUCACGGGAAUCGUGGGCAAUGCCCUGGCCAUGCUGCUGGUCUCCCGGAGCUACCGCGCUAAGGAGAGCCGGAGGAAAAGGUCCUUCCUGCUGUGCAUCGGCUCCCUAGCGCUCACCGACCUGCUGGGGCAGCUGCUCACCAGCCCCAUCGUCAUCUCCGUCUACUUGGCCAACCGCUCCUGGGACGCCGUUGACCCUUCGGGUCACCUCUGCUCCUUCUUCGGCCUCAGCAUGACGGUGUUUGGGCUGUGCCCGCUGUUCAUCGCCAGCGCCAUGGCCGUGGAGAGGACGCUGGCCAUCCGGGCGCCCCACUGGUACGCCAGCCACAUGAAGACACGGGUGACCAGGGCGGUGCUGCUGGGCAUCUGGCUGACCGUGCUGGCCUUCGCCCUGCUGCCCAUCGCCGGCCUGGGCCACUACACCCUGCAGUGGCCCGGGACGUGGUGCUUCAUCGGCACCGGGGACGGCCGGCUGGCCGGCAGCCUCUUCUUUGCCUGCAGCUUCGCCGUGCUGGGGCUUCUGUCCCUCGUGGUGACGGUGGCUUGCAACCUGGCCACCAUCGAGGCUUUGGUGUCGCGGUGUCGGACCAAAGCCACCGCGUCGCGCUCCAGCAAGCAGUGGGGGAGGAUCGCCAUGGAGACGCUGAUCCAGCUCUUGGGCAUCAUGUGUGUCCUCUCGGCCUGCUGGUCACCGCUGCUGAUCAUGAUGUUGAAGAUGAUCUUCAGCCACACAUCAUUCGAGCACUGCAAGAGGUUCCCCAGUUGGGCCCACAGCUCCGAACUGCACAGGGAAUGCAAUUUCUUCUUGACGGCAGUGCGCUUGGCCUCCCUCAACCAGAUCCUGGAUCCCUGGGUUUACCUGCUGCUCAGGAAGAUUCUCCUCCAGAAGUUCUGCCAGGCAGCCAACGCUGUCUCCAAGUGCUCCAACAAUGAGUGGAAGGAGAGGUCCAUCACCCUGUCAGAGGAGAUCCGGCGCACGGCGGCGUGA